CAAAAACAGUACAAAAUGGUCAAAGCAUAUAUUGAAGCCUCAGGCGAUAAUUUAGAGACUUCACCAACAUUUUAUACAUUCUUUGAUCAACAUAGAUUCUUGUUUGAAUGCGGCGAGUCUACACAGAGAUUCUUUACACAGCGUAAAUCAAUAUCAUUGUCAAGAAUGCAGAGUAUACUGUUGUCGACAUUGAAGUGGGAGAGUAUUGGCGGUCUGCCUGGCAUGCUGUUCACACUGGACGACAUCAACGUGAUGGGCGAGGUCGACCUCUACGGCCCACACGGCUUCCACAACGUGUUUGUCGCCGCCAAGACAUUCGCCAACUAUCGCAACAUCAAGAUCAACAUUCACGAGCUGCCCAACUCGGAAUCGCACACGCUCAACUUUCCCGACUUCACCGUGGUGUCGGUGCCAAUCUGCUCAAAGCCAAUCAACGUCAAGUCACAGUUUGCCAAGUACGUGUUGGAGAAGAAGCUGAUCAGUCGCGUUUGUCACGUCGAUGGCUCAGCCAUGGAGGAGGCUCCAUCAUCCUGCUCCGACAUCUCGGAUCAUGAGGGUGGCGAGGAGGAGAACGAUCCAACACAACCAAUCAAGAAGCAGAGGAAGGACACAAAGAAGGAGAAAGUUCCAUCGCAAGAGAAUGCCCAUGAUGACAUUGUGCAUUGCUUCAUCUGCAGCACCAAUGACUUUGUUGGCAAAUUCUUGCCUGAUGAGGCCAUCAGACUUGGAGUGCCAAAGGGUGGACUCUUCAGAAAGUUAGUCUCUGGCAACUCUGUCACACUCCCCAAUGGCGACAUUGUCCAGCCACAUCAAGUAAUGGAGAAGUCUGUACCUGCAUCGAGAUUCGCGAUCAUCAGAUGUCCAUCAGAGGAAUACAUACCAUCACUUUACCUCAAGAAGAUAUCAAAGGCCAUGGAUGAGAUCAAUGCAAAGGAGAACAAAGUGAUGUAUCCAAAGAUCCUGUUGACUGGCACCGGCAGUGCCAUCCCAUCGGUGUAUCGCAAUGUCACUGGCAAUCACAUUCUCAUGUCCAAUGGAAACAGUAUGAUGCUCGAUUGUGGCGAAGGUACCUUUGGUCAACUCGUCAGAUUCUUUGGACCUGAUCAGAUCGAGGACAUCAUACUCAACAUGAAGAUGAUAUGGAUCUCACAUCUUCACGCCGAUCAUCAUCUUGGACUGCCCAAGAUAUUGGAGAAGAGAGAGAUGUAUGCCAAGAUGUCUGGAAAGACACUUCCACCAUUGGUUGUGGUGGGUCCAAUGAGCAUUAUCAAGUGGCUACACAAUCUCAACAAGUACUUAACAUUAUCAUACUUGGGAGUACCAUUUGAGAAGAUACAAAAGUCAGAUGAGGCAAGGACUGCACUUCAACAGCUUGGUAUUGUGACCAUGGAGAGUGUUCCAGUGAUACAUUGUCACGACGCGUGUGGACUCGUCGUGGAACUGGAGGAUGGCGUAAAGUUCACUUACUCGGGCGACACUAGACCAUGCGCAGACUUGGUCAAGGCAGGUGCAAACUCAACGUUCCUGCUGCAUGAGGCUACUUUUGGCGAUGAUAUGCUUAGCGAGGCGAUUGCCAAGAGACAUUCGACGAUUGGAGAGGCACUGGAGAUUGGCAAGAACAUGAAUGCACAGUUCACUCUGCUGACGCAUUUCAGUCAGAGGUAUCCAAAGAUGCCAGACGUUGGCAAUGGCAACUUUGGCGUUGGUUUCGAUCUGCUCCAGGUGGCUCCAUACCAAUUCCCAGUGCUGCCACAUCUCAUCAAGCCUGCCGAGUCCAUACUGACUCAACAACUCGAGACCAUAAACAUUGGCGCCACCGAUGACAAAGUAGACAACCUCCCCAUCGACAGCAAAGACAACAACAACAACAACAAAAAGGUAUCUAACAAGAAGAACAACAAUAACAAACAGAAGAACAAACAGACAACAACUACUACGACCACGACUACGACGACGACUGCGACAGACAAGAAGAGGAAGGUUAGGGAGGCGAUUACAUUGUCCGACAAUGGUGGACAACCUGACACAAAGGUGCAGGAGACGGAAUUGAACAGCAUCACUGCUGCUGCAACAACAACAGCAGCAGCAGGAGGACCAACAGCGACUAUUAUCAGCGGCGACAUUAGCGAAUGCCACGAUGGCGAUAAAAACAGCAAGUUGCAGGCCGAUGGUCGAGACGACGAUGUGCAG